UCCUCCAGCUGCGUCUCCGUCCGUCCGUCUCUGCCGCCAUGUUUGUUGCCCCUCCAGGCUACCAGCCUGUGUACAGCCCUAGCAUCCCGUAUGUGGGUCCCAUCUAUGGAGGUCUGAGAGCUGGGAUGUCUAUCUACAUCCAGGGGUCUAUUCCUCACCACAUCACCAGGUUCACUUUGAAUUUGCAGUGUGGGGAGUUUGAGGGAACUGACAUCGCAGUCCACAUCAACCCACGAUUUGACGGUUGGGACAAGGUGGUUUUUAACAGCUUCCAAAAUGGAUCCUGGGGUUCAGAGGACAAGACCCAUGACAUGCCGUUCAAGAAGGGCGAGGCCUUCGAGAUGGUCAUCGUGGUCACUGUGGAGGGAUACCAGUUUAAAGUGAAUGGACGAGACUUCCACUCUUUCCGCCAUUGUAUUCCUGUGGAGCGAGUGUGUGCCCUGUCUAUCGCAGGCGACGUGGCCAUUCAGACAAUUAACGUCAUGGGAGGAGGCAUGGGAGGAGGCAUGGGAGGAGGCAUGGGAGGAGGCAUGGGAGGAGGCAUGGUAGGUGACAUGGGAGGAGGCAUGGGAGGAGGCAUGGGAGGAGGCAUGGGAGGAGGCAUGGGAGGAGGCAUGGUAGGUGACAUGGGAGGAGACAUGGGAGGAGGCAUGGGAGGAGACAUGGGAGGAGGCAUGGGAGGAGGCAUGGGAGGAGGCAUGGGAGGAGGCAUGGGAGGAGACAUGGGAGGAGGCAUGGGAGGAGACAUGGGAGGAGGCAUGGGAGGAGGCAUGGGAGGAGGCAUGGGAGGAGGUGGCUAUCCAGGUCAGAACCUGCCGGUUAUGGGUGGACAACCAAGGUACAACCCUCCCAUCCCUUACUGUGAACCCAUCCCAGGAGGGAUGUCCUCCAAGAGAACCAUUGUGAUCAGGGGCAUGGUGCCCUUCGGAGCAGACAGGUUCAGUGUCAACUUCAAGGUGUCCAGCUCCGGGGAAGUUGCCUUCCACAUGAACCCCAGAGUGAGGGAGGGGGUGGUGAUCAGGAACAGCAUGAUCGGGGGCAGCUGGGGGCAGGAGGAGAGAGAGCUCAGCCUCAACCCUUUCCUGGAGGGGCAGUACUUUGACAUGUCCAUCCGCUGUGGUAACCAGAGGUAUAAGGUGUUUGUGAAUGGGCAGCACAUGUGCGACUUCUUCCAUCGCUACCAGGCCUUCAACCAGGUAGACAUGCUGGAGCUCAAUGGAGAUGUCCAGAUCUCCUACGUCCACUUCUAAUGCUGCAUCUCUGAACACCUGUUCAUAUAGCCAUAACUUAAUCACUCAGCCUUCUAGGAAAAAUGUUUUUUGUGUAUAUCCUGGGUUUUCAUCAGACUAGAAGUUUCUGUUGUAUCAGUUUGAAAAACAGGCUUGUAUGU